AUGCGUUACUCUACUGCCGCUGCCGCUCUCCUGGCCACUGGUGCCAUGGCCCACUACGACGAGGUUUCCAAGGUCUACGAGACCAAGCGAGUCACCAUCACCUCUUGCGGACCUGAGGUCACCAACUGCCCUGCUCGAUCUACCGUCGUCAGCACCACCUCUUACCCCGUCCCUCCCCAGGUCACCUCUGCUCAGCAGGGUGCUGACACCACUGAGGCCUACGAGGUUCCUGAGGUUCCCGCUACCACCGAGGCUCCUGAGGCUCCUGCCACCACCGAGGCUCCUAUGACCACCUCUACCAUCUACUCCACCAACAUCAAGACCAUCACCUCUUGCGGUCCCGAGGUCCCCAACUGCCCCGCCACUGGGGGCACUCCCGUUGUCGUUACCGAGACCAUUGCUGUCUCUACCACCAUCUGCCCUGUCGAGCCUACCGGUGGCAGCGAGAAGCCCGGCAAGCCUGAGACUCCUGGCCAGCCUGAGACUCCUGAGCAGCCUGAGAAGCCUGAGCAGCCCGAGACUCCUGAGCAGCCCGAGAAGCCCGAGACUCCUGGCCAGCCCGAGCAGCCUGAGACUCCUGAGCAGCCUGAGAAGCCCGAGCAGCCCGAGACUCCUGAGCAGCCCGAGAAGCCCGAGACUCCUGGCCAGCCCGAGCAGCCCGAGACCCCCGAGACUCCUGGCCAGCCCGAGCAGCCCGAGACCCCCGAAAAGCCUGAGCAGCCCGAGACCCCUGGCCAGCCCGAGCAACCUCCUGCUCCCCCUGCCCAGACUCAGCCCGAGCAGCCUCCCGCUCCUCCCGCUCAAACCAAGCCUGUUGUUCCUGAGCAGCCUGGCCAGCCCGGUAACGGCACCGUUCCUCAGCCUCCUCCCGUCUACCCCAACCCUCCCGCUACCGAGACUGGAGCCAAGCCUAUCGUCCCUCCCACUCCUGUCCCCGGCCAGCCCGAGGAGUGCGUUCCUUCUCAGUCUGUGACUGCUAUCACCAAGGAGUACACCACCGUCCUCACCAGCGUUGAGUACUCUACCAUCCAGGUUCCUUGCGCCACUGGCACCAACCCUGCCACUCCUGAGCAGCCUGAGAACCCUGAGAACCCCCAGAACCCUGGCGAGCCUGAGGUUCCUGCUCCUACUGGACCUGCUGUUCCUCCUCCCGCUACCACCCCCAUCGGCGGUGGCAACCAGACCAUGCCUACUCCUCCCGCUGUCACUGCUGGUGCCGCUACCUUUGCCGGCUCCGCUUUCUUCGCUGCCGUCGCUGGUAUCGCCGCUUUCAUCAUGGUUUAA